GUUAAAAGCCUGCUUUUAAAAGCAAAGCCCUUCCAGUACCCUUUUCUCUCUCUUCACCCACCUCCCUCCUCCAUGCCUUCUUAUGGGCAUAUUGGAAUACAGCUGUUUUCCCCCCUCCUGGAGAUAACAUUUGCUUGGAUCUGCUUCUGGUGAGGCAGGUGACAGUCAUGGGACCGUGUGGGGCUGGGAGAGACCUCCAGCAGUAGGGAAAAGGCGGUCCAUUUGCUUCCAUUCUUUUGGCUUCUAUUGGAGAGGAAAGUGGAAGUCUCAGCCAGUUCUGGAGCUGGAAAGGAGCUGAAUGACAUGGAGGGUUGGAGCAACAAGGAAUUUCCAGAAAGAACUGGACAGAACAACCUUGAUACGGACUCUCUUGAGCAUGAAGUCCAGUGCCAGCAUUUUCGGGAAUUCAGCUACCAGGAGGAUGAAGGGCCUCGAGUGAUUUGUAGCCAACUUCAUCGUCUCUGCCGUCAGUGGCUGAAGCCAGAAAAACACACCAAGGCUGAAAUCCUGGACCUGAUCGUCCUUGAACAGUUCCUAGCUGUCCUGCCACCAUCAAUGAAGAUCUGGGUGAGAGAGUGCAAGCCGGAAACCGCUUCCCAGGCCGUGUCCCUGGCGGAAGGUUUCCUCCUGAGCCAGAGAGAGGAUAAGAAGGAGGAAGAGGAGCUGGUGAGAGUUCAGGGUUCUUCAGAAUCUGCCGCUGGCUCCCCUCUGGCAGUGGACUCCCCUUCCUCCCUCGGGCAGAGGCCACUGCUCCCGAGGAACAGGCUGGAGGGGAUCGGAGGAGCCGUCUCUCAGGGCAUUGAAAAUAUGCAAGGAACCUCUCCCUCAUCUCACCUUUGCAGAGGAAUGGAAGCUGUAUCUGUGCAGCCAGAACAGGGUCCUGUAACCUUUGAUGAAGUUGCCGUGAAUUUCACAGAGGCGGAAUGGGUAUUGCUGGAUCAGAACCAAAGGGCCUGCCACAGGGACGUUAUGGAGGAGACACAUGAAAAUGUGUUGUCUUUGGCUCAGGAGGGAAGACACAGCGAGAACCAGGAAGAAUUGUGUUGGGAAGGCUUGGAAACAGUCGUUUGUAAAGAGAGUCAUCUUCAAGGAAGGAUAAGUGAAGCAAAUUCACACAGUAGAAGUGAAGAUUUUGCUUUUCCACUCAGAGAUUCGCAAGAUUCUCUGCUCCAGGAAAAUAGAGAGAAAAGGAAGGAAACGGGUAAAUGUUCUUUGUACGGAAAUAACUGUAGUCUAAGUGCUGCUUGGACAAUCCACACGGGAGGGAGACCGCUGAAAAUCCCAGAAGGUGCCAAGAGUCUUUGUGAUUAUUCACCCUUUGGAAUUCAUCAAAUUUUUCAGAGCUUCGAAAGUAGAAAGAGCUUCCAGUACAGACCGAACCUUGUUCUCCCUCAGAGAACAGACACUGAGAAACCGUUUAAAUGUGUAGAGUGUGGAAAGAGCUUCAGUCACAACACAUACCUGGCUCGUCAUCUGAGGAUCCACACAGGGGAGAAGCCUUUUAAAUGCCUGGAAUGUGGAAAGAGCUUCCGACAAAGGGCCCACCUGGAUCAGCAUUUGAGGAUCCAUACAGGGGAGAAACCAUUUAAGUGUUCAGAAUGUGGAAAGACCUUCCGCCGCAGUGCAAAUCUUUCUUUUCAUCAGAGACUCCAUACUGGAGAAAAACCAUUUAAAUGCUUGGUCUGUGGAAAGUGCUUCUGUCACAGCACACAACUGGUUUGCCAUAUGAGGAACCACACAGGGGAGAAACCUUUUACAUGUCUGGAAUGUGGGAAGAGUUUCGGCCGGAGCACAACCCUGAAGAACCACAUGAGAAUCCACACAGGGGAGAAACCGUUUGCGUGCUUGGAAUGUGGGAAGAGCUUCCGUCACAGGGCAACCCUGGCUUGCCAUAUGAGGAACCACACAGGGGAGAAACCUUUUACAUGUCUGGAAUGUGGGAAGAGUUUCGGCCGGAGCACAACCCUGAAGAACCACAUGAGAAUCCACACAGGGGAGAAACCGUUUGCGUGCUUGGAAUGUGGGAAGAGCUUCCGUCACAGGGCAUCCCUGGCUUGUCAUUUGAGGAUCCACACUGGGGAGAAACCAUUUCAGUGCUCAGAAUGUGGAAAGAGCUUUAGCCACAGCAAAACCGUUAAAAACCACAUGAGAAUCCACACAAGGGAGAACCCGUUUGCGUGCUUGGAAUGUGGGAAGAGUUUCAGGCAGAGGGUGCAACUCACUUCUCAUCAAAGAAGCCACAGAGAGUGAGAGAGAAAAGUUUAAAUGCUUGGAGGGUCACGAGACUUUCAAGAAAGGGAGGCAUCUGAUUUCCCAUCGAAACAUUCCCCCCGGUGAAAACAUGACACGUCUGCCUCCAGACAUUGCAUCAGGGAAAUACAAAAUUGUAUAUCCUAUAGAAACAAAGAACGAGAACAGAUUUUUGUAGUUCCCAAAGAAACACUGGGGCGGAAUCUGAUUUUCUAAUGACUGCCGUGGAUUGUCCUCUUUCCCCCUUCACUGUCUUUUUUCCUACACCAAAAAGCAAACCAAACAAAACCAUGCAGUUCCCUUUCUAAGACGAGCCCUCCAGCCCUUUCCCCCCCACCCUAAAAGGCCUUUCCCCCCUUUGCACCCUACGCCCCCAAAGAACUGGCCCGGGGUUGAGGGUUGUUUUCUCUCCCCCAGAAGCGACUGUUUUUCAGCUAGCGGUGCAAACACCCUCCUUCCCCAUUUUACAUAUGCAGUUAUGAUAUGUGGCCACCCUCUCUGUGCCCGUGGGAAACAGAGACACGCUCCCUUUGGGGGUCAGCCCUAUCCUGGAUUCUCAUGCCUGCCUACCAGCUUUUUUUGCUUCUCCUUCAACUGACCGGGGAUGCAGGGAUCCUUUCCUCCUGCACUCCUUACUUUGGUUGUUGUGGGUUU